GCCUGGAACGCUUAGGACAUCCCAGACCCCCAGAGGUGACCCCUAACUGCGCGGGGAAGCGUUUCUUAGCCAGACGAUUUCAAACGCCCGGAUUGCUUUGUUUACACCGAUUAAACAGCUGAGAGAAAAGCUCUCCUUGGAGGGGAAUUGCAACACUCUGGCCCCUUCUGUUCAGGGCUCAGAAAGUUCUCAAAUAACUGGGCCCGCGGGGAAAACCUCCAGCAACUCCAGGACAGAUUUCCCCUUCCUGAUGCUUCUUGGAUAAACCACAAACGAGAAAAAUUGCAUUUUGGAAGAGUCCCUUCAGGUGCCUUCGCCCGCCAGAGAAAAGCGAAACAGUGACAAGCUGGACUGGUUUCCCUUAGCAGCCCCUGUACAAUUCCAACCUUUCCUGUCCCUGCUGGCGCACACGCCCUCUCGUCCAUGCUGGGGCCGUAAGAGCAAGCAGCUCGUGCUGGGCUCCUCCGAGCUGCCUUUCGUCAGCAUCAGAUUCUGCUUAAUUGAGGCCAGGGACGCCGCUUCUGGAUAAACAGGGAGGCCCUCCAGGUCGCACUCCACCAUGUCGCUCUCUGUGCGGCCCCAGCGGCGCGCCCUUGCUGCCAGGAUCAAUAGAAGCCAGUCCUUCGCCGGUGUGAACUCGACACAGGACAAGGCCUUCAGGAACCUGCCUCCCUUCAGCACCCCAACGGUGUCCAGGAAGACUGGCUCCCGGGUCAGGAGGAUGUUCUCCAUGUCCCACAAGUCCCCCCCACCCAAGGUGCCACAGCCUGACCGGCUGGACGAGGUGUACGAAGCGCUCAAGAAGGGGCUGAUAGCCUACCUGGAGGUGCACCAGCUGGAACUGGAGAAGCUCAGCACCCAGAUCCGCGAGUCCAAGAGGAAUUCCCGCCUGGGCUUUCUCUACGAUCUCGACAAGCAAGUCAAGUCGAUCGAGCGGUUCCUGCGCAGGCUGGAGUUCCAUGCCAGCAAGAUUGACGAGCUCUACGAGUCGUACUGCAUCCAGCGGCGGCUCCGCGAUGGGGCCCACAACAUGGUCAAGGCCUACACCGCCGGCUCCCCGGGCAGCCGCGAGGCACGGGACAGCCUGGCCGAGGCCAGCAAGGGCUACAAAGAGUACACCGAGAACAUGUGUCUGCUGGAGAGCGAGCUGGAAAGCCAGCUGGGGGAGUUCCACGUCAAGAUGAAAGGACUGGCCGGGUUUGCCAGGCUCUGUGCUGGGGACCAGUAUGAGAUCUUCAUGAAGUACGGGCGCCAGCGCUGGAAGCUGAAGGGGCGCAUCGAGGGGAAUGGGAAGCAGGUGUGGGACAGCGAGGAGAUGGUCUUCCUGCCCCUCAUCACCGAGUUCCUCUCCAUCAAGGUGACGGAGCUCAAGAGCCUGGCCAACCACGUGGUGGUGGGCAACGUCUCGUGCGAAACCAAGGACCUGUUUGCGGCGCUGCCGCAGGUGGUAGCUGUCGACAUCAACGACCUGGGCACCAUCAAGCUCAGCCUGGAGGUGAACUGGAACCCCUUCGACAAGGACGAUCAGCCCUCAGCUGCCAGCACGGUCAACAAAGCAUCCACUGUCAACAAGCGAUUCUCCACCUACAACCAGAGCCCGCCUGAUACGCCCUCCCUGCGGGAGCAGGCCUUCUAUAACAUGCUGCGGCGGCAGGAGGAGCUGGAGAACGGCACAGCCUGGUCCAUCUCCUCGGAGUCGUCGGAUGAUUCCUCCAGCCCCCAGCUGUCGGGCAGCGCCCGCCACGUCUCCCACAAGCCCAUCGUACAGCCCGAGGUGCAGGCCUCCGCCCCUGCCAUAGAGAUCGCCUUCUCCCAGCAAGAGGAGGCGGGCGCUGCAGCCGAGCCCCCCAGCCGGCAGGAGGAGCCAGGGGGCGCGAGGAAGGAGGUGGUGGUCAAUGGGCAUGUGCCCUACUCCCGGACUCUGAGCCACAUCAGCGAGAGCAGCCUGGACGCGGCAGUGGAUUGCAGGGAGGGCCCCAGCGCCCAUGGUGGGGAGCCUUCGCCAGACCCCCAGGACCCCAACACCGGGGAGCUGCCUCCCCUGGAAACGGACGCCCUCCCCGAGGCCUCGAACUCGCCGGUGCCCUGGGCAGGGCCCGACAAGGGCCCGGAGGCUGAGCUCUGUGGGGCCAUGUCUCAGGCCGAGGCCUGUGAGCCUGUGGUGGGGCGGUCUGAGGCCGCUGUGUGCCAAGCUCUGGGGCCGCAGGGGCAUGAGGUCUCCCCGGGCCGGCCAGUGGUGCUGCAGCCAGUCUCAGAGGAGAAGGGGAGGCCGGCCCCUGCCUCGCUCCCGCCCCCCAGCCCAGCAGAGGUGCCAAGGCCCAAGCCUGUGGACUGCGGCCUGGAGGAGGCCAUCGGCUCGCUGUGCUCGGCCCUGGACGACUACCGGGGGCAGUUUCCCGAGCUGCAGCCGCUGGAGCGGGAGCUGAAACGUCUAGAGGAGAUCCUCAUGGUAAGGGGGCAGCGGUGGGGCCUCGAGGAUGGUGCCAGCCCUACGGCAGCCAUGCGGCACAAGCAGGGCAUCUUCCUGAGCCGCGCCUCCAGCAUCAGCCUGACGGUGGAGCACGCCCUGGAGAGCUUCAGCUUCCUCAACACCUCGGACAUGGACGACUCGGAGGGCUCGGAGGAGGAGGGCAGCCGGAGCGAGCGGAGGGCUGGCGGGGCCCGUGCUGCGGGCGGGGCAUUGGGAGGCUGCGAGGCGACGGCCGAGGACACCGGCACGUGCAGCGGCUCUGAGGGCAGCUCUGACCCCAUGAGCACCGGCAGCGAGUUCCUGGACAGGGCUGUGGUGCUGCACCUCAGUAACUGCAACCGUCUGCUGCUGAAAUUGGGCACAUUUGGGCCGCUGCGGUGCCGGGAGAUGUACGCCCUGGACAAGCUGAUGAGGGAAGCACAGGUGCUGGAGAUUGUCUGCCAGCUGACGGAGGAGAAAUCGGGAGCGGCCAACGCUGCAGCGGAAGUGGUGCAGUUCUCCACCCGGAAGGAGGGGGUGCUGGCAUUCUGGGACCGCUGCGUGGAGCAGCCCAAUGUGUACACCUGUCCCGUGGAGCGGUUCCUGCGCACGCUCAGUGCCCAGUAUGCAGCGCCCGUGGCUGAGCGGCAGUCGGGCCUGGCAGACUCAGUGUGCGUGAAGCUUGUGGAGGUUGUGCUGGACCGGCGGCUGCCCAAGCGCCCUGGGAGCAGCCAGGGUGAGCAGCUCACCAUCUUCCAGUACUGGAGCCACUUCGAGUCGCUCCCCGUGUCUACACUGGACGCCUACGUCAUGGAGCUGGCUGAGGAAGUGCUGCUGGCCCAGAACCUGAACUCAGACGACCAGGACGUGGUGCUGAAGGCGCUGAAGCGAGUGCCCGAGAGCCGGCUCAAGAAGGACGGGCUGAAGGCCAUGAGCUUGCUGCUCAUCGAGGGCAACAGUAAAGUCGUCAGUGCCGUGUCCGCCCAGCUGCGCAGCCUCGCCGAGAACCCCCGCUUCCGGGAACGGGCCCUGGUGUGGUACUUGGAGCAGCUGGAAGAUGAAGAGGCGCAGACGCGAAUCGCCAGCUGCGCGGCCCUGGGGUGUCUCAAGGCCAAAGAAAGCAUCGAGCAGCUGGUGUAUCUGUGCCAAACGGACAAGGAGGACGUGCGGGAGGCGGCCAAGCAGAGCCUGAUGCUAUGCGGGGAAGAUGGUAAAUCGGCUCACCGGCGGCUGGAGGAGACUCUGAACAGCUUACCAAGGAUCUUCGCACCAGGCAGCAUGGCCAGCACCGCUUUCUGAGACACGCUGGCACUAACACACGUGUGAUCCCUUUGGGGUGAAGGCACCAAGGAGCUGCUGGAGGCUCUCUCAGCCUGGGCCCAGCUCCCAUGCCUUGGGAACAUGCAGCAGUAUUAGUACCUCCCUGCCAGCCUGACACCCCCCCUCACUGCCUUACGGAGCACAGCUUUCCCUCCCCCGGCACUGUGCCAGAGGGGCUGUGGGCACACCACCGUGGAGAAGUGGGGCUUCGGACACUCCCCUCCCCUCCAACUUGCUUUUCUAUUGCAACUUGCUAGGUGGGGCCAGAGCUUGUGUGCCCCUGCUGGAGACUGGGCUGGCACGUGAAGUCUGCAUUGGGACUCCUUCCAGUAGCUCGCAGGCUGCUCAGACCUCCCCAGAUGGACGUGCACUUUGAGGCGAUGUUGUUUCUUUCCGGGAGCUCCCUUUGCUGUGGGCAGCGUCCUCCUUCAGCGCCUGGAGUCCCCGGGACUCAAAUAAAACGAGACAUAGAUAUUAAUA